CGGUGGCGCGUCAGUCCGCCCAAGAUGGCCACGCUGGAUCAAUGAAACGCGAGUAAUCGUAGUGAAAACACAAAUUGACAAGUGUGCGGGCGAACAUCGCGGCUUGAUCGCGGUGUAAAUGGACCAUGGGCAAGGACCAGGAGCUGCUCGAAGCAGCGAGAAGCGGCAACGUCACUGUGGUCGAGAAGAUCCUCGGUCAGCGAGCCAAAAGGAGUGGUCCACUGGCAAGUCUACGUCGGGGACCAGGAGCUAAUGUGCAAGAUGCCAGUGGUUACUCGGCCCUUCAUCACGCAGCUUUGAACGGACACAGAGACGUGGUCAGAUUACUGCUCCAAUAUGAGGCUUCCACCAAUGUCGUCGAUGCUAAGGGUUCCUCGCCGCUUCAUUUGGCUGCUUGGGCGGGGGAUGCGGAAAUUGUGCGAUUAAUUCUCAGCCAAGGCCCGUCGGUGCCGAAAGUGAAUCUUGCGACAAAGGAUAACGAAACUGCACUGCAUUGUGCGGCGCAGUAUGGGCACACGGAAGUGGUGGCACAGCUGUUGCACUACGGAUGCGACCCUAGUAUCCGCAACAGCCGCGGAGAAUCUGCGCUCGACCUCGCAGCACAAUAUGGCAGAUUGGAAACUGUGGAGUUACUCGUGCGAACGCAUCCCGAAUUAAUCGAGCCACUUCGUAAUUCUUCCUCGUCUCUGAUCUUCCCGCACACACCUUUGCAUUUAGCUUCGCGCAAUGGCCACAGAGCGGUCGUGGAGGUCCUCCUUGCCGCUGGAGUUGACGUCAAUACGAGAACGUCAGCGGGCACCGCGAUGCACGAGGCGGCGCUCUGCGGCAAGAUGGAAGUGGUACGGGCGCUUUUAGAUCGCGGAGUGGAUUUGGGCAUUAGGGAUUCCCGGCAGAACACGGUGCUUGAUCUUCUGGGACAGUUCCCGCCGCACGUCACUCAAGAUAUCACGGCGGUGAUAAAAAGGCACCGGUCUUCCUCCGGUGUGGAAAGCGACGCCGACAGCGAGAAUUUGCCGCCCAUUCCGGUGCAGGGUGGCGACUCAUUAGGCAGUCCCUACGAGAAUGUUCGUCCGGGUGACGAUCUCUCCCCCGCGGAAGGGACAUCGCCGACUCAAUGGCAGUUCUAUCAUAAGCCUCGGGACGACGAUCGUCGCGUUUCCGGCACUUCCGUCAUGUCCUUCGAAGACGAGCAGAACGGGGAGCCAGUGAACGGAGUACGGAGGGCCCUCCAGCAGACAGAGGACUCCGACCCCAGUUCCGUCUUCGACAGCGUCUUUAUGUCCCUAUCCGACACUCUCAACUCUAUAAAUACUCUCGAAAGUUCCGACCAAACUCCUGAAGAUAUACCACAAAACACUACCAAAAGAACACCAUUACCACCCGACACUACACGGGGCUCCGACAGUGGACUGUAUCAAACUCCACCGGUGCCGCGCGGCACAAUGGAGGGUAGCUUCGUGUCGGAGGACCUGUCCUUGACAUUGCCCACGGGAUACGGGGGUGGCAGAGAGUCCGAUCAAUUGAGCGUGUCCUCAUCCUCGAGCGUCGGCGGACCGAGCCCACGGGACCGUCGUUGUUUGCCCAACGAUUCCAGCGCUGCCGGGAUUUACUUGCCGAUGGCACCCCUGUCUAGCUCGCUGCACAGUCCCGCUUCCAACAGUAAAGUCUCGCCGACGCCACCCAAGAAGCCACCGAGGCGAAACCUCUCAGUGUCCCCGACGCACCUGCAGACGCAGAUGUCCUUGUCUGCCGACAGCUCGGUAGGACCGAGCAACUACGAGUAUUUGUUCUUGGCGCGCAGCGGUGCGCGCAGUCACAUUGAUCUCGAGCAGCUCCAGAAACGGCGCGAUCAGCUGCGCCACGUCACCAGAAGUGUGGACCAAUACGUGGAGAUGAAGUCACGGCUGGUCGGCACCGAUGAGAAACGCGAGCCCAACGUGGAGCCGGUGGCCAUCACGUCCAUUUACGAGAACCGGCCGGUGAAGAUGCUGAAUCCGCGCAGGAAGUUACGCAGGCACGCCUACGAGAGCUACGAGCCGGAGAGCAGCUCGUGCGCCGACAAGUCACCCUGCAGCGACGGCGACGCGAUGAUCCAGGAGCAGACUUUCGUGUCGAACGCCUUUCUCACCCUGAAGUCUUCCCAAGAGAGCCUUCUCGACGAGAAGCGCGAGAUGAUCGACGAGCAGCCCGCCGUGGAGAACCGUGAGGCCACCGACAAACGCUUGAAGCGCGUGCAGAUGUUGCUGCCGACCAGCCCCACGCAUUACGUUCAACCACCGACGCCCGAUCAUCCACCACCGUCGGCCAUGCAGGCGGAGAAGUCUAUCCACGAGCGCAUUCGUCCCCUCAGCCAGGUGUACAAGCGAAGAUCCCGCGACAUGGAAACGGAAACGGACGAAGAUCUGCUGCAGUUUCCCGCCGGUGGAUCGCUGGACGCGUCCAGCGGCUCUCUCUCCAGCGUGUCUCUCUCCGACAAGAGCAUGUCCACGGACAACGUAGAGGAAUACUUCGGCGACGUGCCCUUCGCAGGUUUGUUAAAGGGUUCCGUCACGGCUGAACGGCCGCGUACUUUGCGCCGCUUGCGGAACGUCUACGGUCAGACCGCAUGCGGGAUGGGGACCGGCGGCGGCGACGGCGGGGGUGGAGAUCGUCUCGAGGACGGCGAGGUCGCCUUUCGGCUUGCCGACCGGGAUCGCGACAGGGACGAGAAGUCCCUCAGCAUAAUGAGUCCCUUCGACGAGCAGGAGGAAUGGGCGAAGAUCUCGGAGAUCAUGGCGUCAUUCGGAACUGGCCUCGUGCGAGAGUCGGUCUUCGUCAGUGAGCUCGAGAAAGAAUUCCAAACGAGGCUAGGUUUGAGUUCAGACACUAGCAGCAGCCCGAUCGUCUCCACGUCCGUGGGCCAGUGGCUGUCCAGCUUAGGCCUGGCGGAUUACGAGUCGCUCUUUAUCAACUACGGCUUCGACGAUCUCGAGUUCAUAAACGGCGUGUUGGACGAGUCGGAUCUGCGUGACAUGGGCAUUACCAGCGAUCAGGAACGGACGGUGAUCGCGGACGCGGUCGGCUUGCUGAACAAACGAGUGGAAAAGCGUGGCGGCGGUCACGGGCAAUCGGUGGAGGAGUGGCUGAAGAGCAUUCACUUGGAAAAUUACGCGGAGACGUUCAGGAAGCAUCUGUACACCGACAUGGAUCGGGUGAAACGGGUGUGGGAGGUCGAGCUGGCGGCAGUACUGGAGAUCCAGAAGCCGGCGCAUCGCAAGCGUAUCCUCGCGUCCGUCAGCGGGCCGAAUGUGCGCGCCCAAACUCGAAACGGGGCCGGGCCGAACUUGGAGGACUUGAAUAAGGAUCUUAACACACUGAAGACGAACAUACAGCAGCUGAAGGAGGAGAUACAGGAGAAAUUGCCGGAAGCAACGGCGGACGGUAACGGAGGCACGUCGAUAACCGGAACGAAUUCGACGGCCACGGGCACAUUAAGGCACCGCAAAAACAGACCGGCGCCCCAGCCACCCCAGCGACCUAGUUCGCAUAAUGGGGCGAUCUCGGCGCCGGAGCAGCUCGAGAUCAGGGCUCCGUCCGAGCUGCUGUUCGGGGUGCCAUCCACCCUCAAAACGCAAUGGAGGCAUCAACCGAAGACUCUAGUCACCGGCUGCGUCACGUACGUCGCCAACUAUCUGGGCUCCACCGUCGUGAAGGAAUUACGCGGCACCGAGUCGACGAAAAAGUCGAUACAGAAGCUGAAGAAGACCUUUCGAGAGCCCAGAGUCACCCCUGACAUUACCCUGGCGAUCUCUUAUCGUGGCGUUCGUUUUCUCAACGCGCUGACUAACGAGCCGAUUUGCGAGCACGAAAUCCGCAACAUCCAUUGCGCCUGCCAAGACGCCGACGAUCUCACUCACUUCGCGUACAUCACGAAGGAUCACGCCAGUCGCACGCACUUUUGCCACGUGUUUUGCGUGCCAACGAUGGAUCAAGCGACGGAGGUCAUCCUGACUUUGGGCCAAGCCUUCGAGGUGGCAUAUCAGAUGGCAUUGAGGGACAAGCUCGGCGGCCACGCGAUUCGCUCUCAGUCCGCGAAUCAACUAACAACGCUCACCGGCUCGUCGAAAUCGACGGCGCCCGGCAAGAUGCCUCCCGUGUCUCCCGAUUCCGCGUCCGAUCCCACCCGGGACACGGAUCAUAUCCAGACUCUCAAUUCGUGCGCGAAUCCCAAGGCGAAAUCGCGAUCGAAGUCCAUACCCAAUCCGAAUCUCCAUUCCGUUAAUCCGGGGCAGGACGGUAACUCCAGUUCCAGCUCGGCGACCACCGGGAACUGCAAUCCGAGCUCGAAUGCCGCCUCGAGCCCCGGCACGAACUCGAUCAUCAGCUCCAACUCGAACAGCACCACUAAUCAGACCACUAAGCCCUUGGUCACCCACGGCCGUUCUCAUUCCGUCAACGACAUCAAGGUAAACGGUAAUCAAUUGAAGUUAGCACCGGCGCCGGUGGACGACAUCGGUAUCGGGGUGAAGGACAUGAAGCCCGGUUCCAGGGCCCCGAUCGCCCUGUCCGAGGAGCUGUAAGCCGCUUGAAAUGCAUGAAAUUGCGACGCAUAAUCGCCCAGCGUUCCGUUCUGACAGGGGACGCGAUGCUGCUUCCGCGACCCGCUCGAGACGAAAUUUUGUGACUCGUCGGCUCUUCGAGAUCUCGCAGAAGCCGACCGGUUCCCCGUUACUCACGGAAUUCGCGCGAUUUCUGAGACCGACACCGGUCUCACGGAUACAUGGAGGAUAGUUUCUCGGCUGACCAAUGCGGUGGAGUAAAGAAAGGAGAAGUCAAAAAGAAACGACCAGAAAUUGCUAAUAGCACGGUUCCUUGACGCGUGAGGAGAAAUGAAAAAUCUUUUUAUCCACUUUUAUCCGUCUGAAUUCGAUCGAUCACAUUACCGGUGCGUAAAAUUAGCAUAGAGCGUACGCGCACGCAUAUUCGUCUUCGCGAAAGCCGAGAGAUACUCGUGACUCAGCUGUUACGAGUGAUUUAACGAAUGACCUCGCGUACAGGACCGUCGAGGACGACGACGACGACGAAGGUAAGUAGCGUCUCUCGUCGAAGGGCCCUCCGUGCCCUCGAUCUUCGAGUUGACAGUCGACAGAUUUCGCGACGUGUCGGCACUACGGAUCCGCAUAUACGAGCCACGCUACGCUCAAAGUGCGUGACUCCGGCCAGGGUGAUAUGUAUCGAGGCAACUAAUCGAUCGUACACGCUUUCGACGAAUGACGAGACGACACGUUUAGGUCUCUUUCUUCCUCACGGCGCCUCGUCAAUGUAUAAGCAGUAUUACCGCGUCAUUUUAAUAGCAACCGGGAGCGAGCGCACGAGACGCGGAACGCUCGCCGCGAAACCGCCGUAAUAAUUCGCCGCAUUCGUCCGAUUCUCAAACGCGCAGCUGCGAUCCGGCCGGUCGGUUCUCGCGCGUCCGUUCGUUCGUCGUCCUUUUUAUUUCUCGCGAGAACGUUACGCGCGCGGUACACGCGCGUUGAUAUUUUCACCUGCGGACCACGGAGGCCGAGGAAGAAGCGCGAGAAGAGGAGAAGGCGCGACGCGCUGAUAAGCGCACACAAGAGAUGCUCAAUAUCGAUCCCUCGCAAACGAUAUCGGCGACCAACGAACUCGUUGUACGUCUCUCCCCGCGUCUUUCCCGAUCCCCUCCCCCCUCCCCCCCUCAAGUUCCGAUUUCGCGUUGCCGCGACGUUACUUCGAUGUUUUAAUUCUUCAAGACUGAGGGACUUUAUCUCGUUUUGUAUUUCGCGUUUUUUAUAUAAUGUAUAUUAUAUAUAGAGAAGGAGAAAAGAGCAGGUGGAUCUUUCUUUCUCCCUCUUUCUCUCA